AAUGUCAAGCAACAACCGGGAAGUGCCAUCGGGCAGUGAAUGGCACAGUACGUGAGUGCCAGAAGAAGAUUAUACUCUGGGUACAUUUUUUUUUUGUAAAUACUGCGCCACAUACAUAUAGUUAAAAACAGCCUUCAUGGUUGGUUUGCACUCAAAUCAAAAGGUUAUGAUGAAAUCAUUUCUAUUCCUCUACCUAAACGAUCUUACGAGGUACUUUAAUUGAGACCAUAAAAUUCUAGAGGUUUGUUUGCUUAUUGCCAGAUUAAUAAAGUUGUAAUUAAAUUAUUGCUAUUCCACUACGCGGUCAAACCACAUACACCGAGGGAAGAAAGAAAAAGUAGAAAAGAAAAGACGGAAUAUAACGAGUUUGACAAUAUAAUUAAUAUAGUUAGGCAAGAAUGUAUGGUUGGGAAGAACACGCAAACAGAAAUUGCAGAAUGGUAAACGAGUUAAUAAAAGGAAGUUGAGUGUUUCGUGUCCGUCGCGGUUUCCUUGGGUCUUAAGAAACCCUGAAAUAGUGGAGACUACUGGCUACUGUUUAUGACUUGUAUGGGUGAUCAAAGUAAUUUUGGCAGCCAAUUACAGCCAGCCAACUUCUCUCAGGGCAGCCAAUCCAGGCAAUCCAUUCACUUCAGUGCUCUGCUGGGAAUGACUAGCGAAGGGUCUACUUCGCGCUGGUGGCCACACAUAUGGUGACAGGAGCUUAAAGUGCCUUCUAAAGAUAGAAGUGGCUUUCAGAAAAUUAGUGAGAUGAGAGGGAAACCAGCAAGGAACUUCACUGUCUACAGGUGAGAUAAGAAAGAUAAGCAUCACAUCAGCAGCUAGGGAAUCGUAACAAGUUAAUCCAACAAUACGUAAUACAAAAGCUGGUAAAUCCCGCGCUUGCAAGCUCCCAAGGUACACUUCCCUUCUCAGUCUGUCAAGUGUUGUGCAGGAAACUUCACUGUGGCGUGGUACAGUUGUAUAAGUGGCAGGGCAUAUGUGACUUAGAGAAUAAUGAAGUAACAUGUUGAGCCGGUCAAGUUGUGGUAAAUUUUCGUGAAACAGCAUUCCAUUUUCAUGUACAUCCUACUUUACUCUGUGAUGGGACAUGAUGUGAAGAGAAACAUGAGGUGCACUGGUGGGUUAUUAGUGAGACCGGUUCUGUAUCACUGUGUGCUGAAGGAACUGAGGAAACUGAAGUGGUGAAAGUAGCAUCCCCUGCAGUGCUGGUGUCAACAAGCUCAGAACGGCAGUGGUGUGGCUGCGAUACAAGAUGUAUUACUGUGUACUAGUAACAUUUACCCACUCGGAUAACAAGAGUAAUGUGACCUGUAUAUCCUUUAGCAAAAAUUCAGUAAGUCACCGGUGUGUGUGACAUGAAUUGGUUCCACAAGUUGACUUAACUGAAGGAUCUUGACACGAGUCAACUCAAGGAGAUGGCCUUGAGUGGACCUGCCCCCACCACCACGAUCGUGGUGGUGAUCCUGCUGGUGUUGGUGGUGUGCUUCUGCCCCAGCAUGGAGAUGGUACCAGUGCUGUGCAGCAAUUUAACCACCACCAAAAACCGAUACUGCCACCACAACCAGUCUGGCCUGUGUGGUUUUGAGAAUUUGACUGUGUCAUGCGCUCACCAGCUGCACCACAGAGAGUUGACAUCUGACAUGACUACAGCUGAAUGUCAGGUAGAAAGGUUUGAUGAAGGCAGUGGGUGUGGAUCAUUGCGGCCGGCUUACGUCUAUGCUCACGAGAAACCACUGGUUGGGCUUCGUUUGUAUAUGUACAAAACCUGGAUGGCAGAGCGGUCAGUGGUAAACUUCACUUUCCCUUCCCCUGACUGGAGGAACUUAAAAUUUCAGUACAAAGUCAACAUGAGUCAAGAGAGCAAAUGCCGGGAUUUCAGUCUCCGUGGUGUAAGCUUGCCCCUUGAUGAGACUCUUGUGUAUGACUGUGCAAUGUUCAAAGUGCCCGGGGAUAUUGCUAGGGAUGGCGAGGUCACAGUUGAGAAUGACAGAGGAGAAGGGAGGACGUUCAUCUUCAGGAUUCCAAGCUACACAAGAAUAUAUCCAGAGGAAACAAGUCUGUCAGAGUGGCAUGUGUUCUUCUACCUUCAUCAGGACUUCAUUGCAACUUCCUCCCACUUACCAGUCACUGUUCAGUCAGCUGGCCCCUUCCCUGAGGUGUCAUACAGAGUGUCAAUUGUCAAGUGUUUGGACAUUAUCAAACCAGACUGUGGCAAUUAUAGUACACUCAAUUCUACUCUGGUUGUUUCUCCUAAGGAGGAAGAAUGGACAGUGCAUCUUCCAAUCUGGAGCAACCCAGGUAGCUAUGCUGUCACGGUGCAGAUUGAAUCAGACAAGUGCCCUCCACACACAGGAUGCUACAUUGCUGUGUCGCCUAAAUUUGAAAUUGAGCCCAGCUUGAUAGGCAUCUGGAUGUCAGUUGCAAUGGGUUUCUUUUUGAUAGCCUUCCUGACAUUUCUACUCAUGUUUAACAAGCGCUUGAGGACCAACAGAGAUACACUGCAGGCCUUGCAGGAAGUCCAACCAUCAGUACUUCUUGUUUAUAUAGCAGAAAACCAGCCAUAUAUGGAAUUCAUCAACAUGUUUGCUGAUUUCUUGAAGAACACCUGCCAUCUCUUCCCAUACUUGGUGGAUCGUGAUGUGGGGAUUGAGGAUCCAAACUGUUGGACAAGAGAUCACAUCCUCAGAGCUGAUAAAGUGCUGUUCAUAAUACCUGGGAACCCUGAUGGUGAGAGCAUCACACCUAUCAGAAACCAGUGGAUAGUUGCUCUUAAUUAUCUCUCUGGACAUCAUUUCACCAUAUGCCAAAUAUCUCGCAAGGUGGCAGCUGUAACUCUGCCCUCAAGUGGGAGCGUCCCCUCUGAGAUCCUGCACGUCCAGCGCUUUAAACUGGUGGACCAGAUUGCUGCGCUGGUGACGUGGCUCCAUAGUGGGACGUGGCUGGAUAAAAUGUUUCUCUGGCAGCCAAUGAUCUGGUCAGCCAAGGAGAAGGUCAGCUACACGUGGCCUAAAAUAAGGUUAGCGGCUCUCAGGGCUUCGGCUACAGCAGUAAAGACCUUAGACCCAAACAUGUGUAUUUCAAUAAAGAAUGAAAAUAUUUACAUCUCAAGCACCGCAGAUCAGACUCCUGCACUGAGAGAGAACUUCAGCAUACAUAGUGAAAUCUCCACUACAACUGAUGGGGAUUCUGAGGACAGUGAUUCCUCCGUCUUUGAUCCAGGCAUUCCUUCUCUCAAGAAACUGCUGAGAGGAGAGAAGGAUAGUAGUAAGCUGUCUGUAAAUAGUGAGCAUUCUGAGAAAUUAUCAGACUGUAGUGAUGAUGAUAUAUUUACUUGAGUGCUUUAUCUAACAUUAACUAAACUUCUUGCACAAUGAAAAUACCUCCAUAAACUAUAUAUAAAAUUCUUACCCCUAGUAUAUAUGUAUUCAAGAUUUGUUAUGGUAAGAAAUAUAUAUAUACAGUUGUGAUAAUUAUGUAAAGUUAAAUGUACAAAUGAGUGCCUUAGAAUGUGCAACAGCAAUUCAUCUUGACUAUAGAUUUUAUGAAAUAUAAGUGUAGUUGUUGUUAAAAUUACAUUUCGCACUGUUGAACAAAAUGUACAAAUGAGUACCUUGACAUUUGUAAUAGCCAUUCACUUAUCUGUGUUUUGAUGGUCACAGUUGCCAUACUAUGUUAAAAUUCAGCUCAUUAAUGAUGAGAGAGAGGAAAUGUGAGUGAGAGUGAUAUAUGAGGGCCUGUGAUUUGUAAACAUACUGUGAGUCUGUGGAGAGAGAGAUUUGUAAACAUACUGUGUGUGUGUGUGUGUGUGUGUGUGUGUGUGUGUGUGUGUGUGUGUGUGUGUGUGUGUGUGUGUGUGUGUGUGUGUGUGUGUGUGUGUGUGUGUUUUUCACUGUACAGUCUGCUACUGGUCUCUCUCGAGACAGCCAGCUGUCCCCCCCAUGGAAGGAGCUCAGAGCUCAUACUGACUAAUCUUUGGGUUGGACCAAGACUACUCACAUACAUCACACUGGGACAACGACUUGACUUACGUCCUGUACCUACUCACUGCUAGGUGAACAGGGGCUACACAUGUAAGGAGACACAUCCAAAUGAUCUCUGUCCGAACCUUGGCCCCUCGGUUGCGAGCCAAGUGCAUUAACCACUACGCUAGUGGACCGUGAGUGUGUGUGUGUGUGUGUGUGUGUGUGUGUGUGUGUGUGUGUGUGUGUGUGUGUGUGUGUGUGUGUGUGUGUGUGUGUGUGUGUGUGUGUGUGUGUGUGUGUGUGUGUGUGUGUGUGUGGGGGGGGGGGGUAAUAUAUGAGUGGCCAUGGUGAGUGAGUGGUUUGUGAACAUACUGUGGGUCUAUGGGCUGUGGUGAGAGAGAGAGAGAGAGAGAGAGAGAGAGAGACUUGGGGGGGGGGGGUAAUAUAUGAGUGGCCAUGGUGAGUGAGUGUGGUUUGUGAACAUACUGUGGGUCUAUGGGCUGUGGUGAGAGAGAGAGAGAGAGAGAGAGAGAGAGAGAGAGAGAGAGAGAGAGAGAGAGAGAGAGAGAGAGAGAGAGAGAGAGAGAGAGAGAGACUUAAGACAUUUUAAUUGUUCCCUCAAAUGCAGAUUGAUCCUACUUCCAUGAUCAAUCUGUGUACUUAGUGUUCUUGUAUUAUUUGUUAUUCAUUUAUAACACAAAUACUGAAUACUUCAGUAAUGAUUUCCAUUGGGUGCAUUUGCUGUAAAAUUUCAUUUAAGCCUCUUAACUAGUUAAGUUACCAACAUACCAUGCUUGAUUCCCUAUGCAUCAUUUAUUAAACUCUUCCCAACAAUUUGCUUGCUUUUUGCACCUCUGCAUGUAAUCAGAAAAUCCUUUCUACCCAUUAUUUGUUAAUGCAUGCUGAAAUUUAAUGCAUUUCAAACAACAUUCCUCUACAUACAACUCGAUGUUAAGUGACCUUGGUAAUCUUGUGGAUAAUGUUCUAGUCAACUUUGUUUCAAGAAGUUAAGUACUGUGGGCUUACCAUGGUAGGAGAUACAUUUUACUUAAAAUGUAGGAAAUGUAGGUAAAGUUACAGGCUUGUAACUUCACGAUCUUGCAGGAGCACAUGGCUAGCUGCUUUUCUCUCAGUGUGUAUCCUUCUUGAAAUGUGCAUCCUUCCUGCAAAGACCAGAGAUGUUUUAGGUAUGACACUAAAUGAAGAUGAAAAAAUUUUAACUUCAUAUUAUUACUGCCUUAACACAAUAUAUUAAUUAUUGCUAGAAUCCAUCAUUACAUUUGGCAAACAUGUUUUGCUUUUGCAUUACUAAUGCAACUUAUAAUGUACAGUGUGUGUUGGCAUGAGUAAAGACAACACCUUACACUAACCACUCCCUCGGGUUCAGAAGAAAUGGUUGUGUCACCUGGCUGGGAAAAAUUUUCAGGUUACUUAAAGGUUAUGUGAUGUAAUGACUGUAUUCCUCUGUGGGGAGAGUCUAAGAAAUACAUGGCAAGCACAAAGAUUUCCACAAGUACACAUGUCAUUACUGUACCUGUGUAGCCCCAAAAGUACCUGGGACUCGAAAAUGCAAGCUUUGUAUAAGUUUUAAUUUAUGUAAGAAUGUCAAAAUAUGAUUAAUAAACCUUUAUAUGAAUUC